CCUUCCCUUGAAAAACAAAUCAAACCUGCCUCUCCUGACACCAUGAGCUACUACAGUGGCUACUACGGAGGCCGUGGCUACGGCUAUGGCAACUUCGGAGGCCUGGGCUGUGGGUAUAACAGCUUCCGCAGACUGGGCUGUAGCUCUGGCUGUGGAGGUUACGGAUAUGGCUCUGGCUAUGGAGGCUACGGAUAUGGCUCUGGCUACGGCGGUUACGGAUAUGGCUCUGGCUACGGCGGUUACGGAUAUGGCUCUGGCUACGGAGGCUUCGGAGGCUACGGACAUGGCUCUGGCUACGGAGGCUCCGGUUUUGGCUCUGGCUAUGGAGGGUACGGGUUCUCCAGUUUCUACUGAAAUUCUGCUCUAAUUACUCAGCAUUUGACGUCUUG